AUGACCUCAUCACUGCUGCUGCACCGCCACUCCUUCAAUCACUCCUUCUUUACCUUCUUUACCUUCUUUACCUUCUUUACCUGUGUGUCUGAACUUGCCCGUCAGGACGAGACUCCUUCAGGAGAGCCUGGUGCUGAAGAAGCUGAAGGUGCUGAAGGUGCUGAAGAAGCUGAAGGUGCUGAAGAAGCUGAAGAAGCUGAAGGUGCUGAAGGUGCUGAAGAAGCUGAAGAAGCUGUAGGUGCUGAAGAAGCUGAAGAAGCUGUAGGUGCUGAAGAAGCUGAAGGUGCUGAAGAAGCUGAAGAAGCUGUAGGUGCUGAAGAAGCUGAAGGUGCUGAAGAAGCUGAAGAAGCUGUAGGUGCUGAAGAAGCUGAAGAAGCUGUAGGUGCUGAAGAAGCUGAAGGUGCUGAAGAAGCUGAAGGUGCUGAAGGUGCUGAAGAAGCUGAAGGUGCUGAAGAAGCUGAAGGUGCUGAAGAAGCUGAAGGUGCUGAAGGUGCUGAAGAAGCUGAAGGUGCUGAAGAAGCUGAAGAAGCUGAAGGUGCUGAAGGUGCUGAAGAAGCUGUAGGUGCUGAAGAAGCUGUAGGUGCUGAAGAAGCUGAAGAAGCUGUAGGUGCUGAAGAAGCUGAAGAAGCUGUAGGUGCUGAAGAAGCUGAAGGUGCUGAAGAAGCUGAAGAAGCUGAAGGUGCUGAAGGUGCUGAAGAAGCUGAAGGUGCUGAAGAAGCUGAAGAAGCUGAAGAAGCUGAAGGUGCUGAAGAAGCUGAAGGUGCUGUAGGUGCUGAAGAAGCUGAAGAAGCUGAAGGUGCUGCAUCUCUCUGAGUAUUAACCUCAUGAUUAGUUCAGCUUGGUUCCUCUUUACCAUCUAACACAUUACACAUUAAACAUUAGGAAACAUUAUUGAACAUUAGUGAACAUUAGGAAACAUUAGGAAAUAUUAGUGAACAUU